AUGAGCCGCAUCAAGAAACGCAACUUGGCCGGUUACGUCCCGAGCCCCGAGUCGAUGUGUAAUCCGCUGGAGCUGGUGAACAUUCGUACGUACCUUUUGGCGACUAACGAUCUAAUUGGCUGGAAACUGUGGACCAUGAUACUAUUCCACAUACGCCUCUUCCUGCGUGCGGACGAAGGUGUUGGCUUCACGUCCAGCCAGUUCCUGCGAAGGUUAACGUCGGUGGAUGGAUUUGGCGCUGUCACCAUGCUUGCCGUUACUAUUAGCGGCAAAACCGACAAGAAGAAACCGAUCGUGCUCACUAUGUAUCGCGACGACCAGUGUCCUCAGCUAUGCCUUGUGCGAACUCUAUUAGCCUGGCUCAAAUUGUCUCAGCAUUCUGGCGAAGGCAGCUUGUUCCCGCACGACGACGAUCCAACCAAGUUCUAUCCGGCGGCGAAGUUUCAGGUCAAGUGCCGCGAAAUAU